UCAGCAGUAAUUUUGUUUGCGUGUAGUGAAUAAUGAAUAUAGAUUGCGGGCGUGUGGGAAGAUGGAGCUGGAGGGCAAUGGAAAAAGACCAAGGCAUGUUUCCAGUCCUACUUUGCUAACACCUACAAGGCCUCAGAAGAAAAGAAUUCCUCUUCGAACAUUAGCCUCUCAGGCUCAGCAGUGUUCAGAGCAAAAGCUUGCUAUUGACCAAGGUGCAAAUCAACCAGCAGCUGUGGCCACAAGUGUUGACAGGGGAAUCCAGAUAGCUGCAGCCAAAAAACUUAAAGAAUUACAUAUUCGUCAUUGGUCUGAUUUAGAAACAAAGGUUCUUGUCGAGUAUAUUAUUUUGAGUGGAAAAUGUACAUGGCCUACUCAUAAGAUAGCUGAAUACUGGGAAACUGUGGCAGGGUACGUGAAAAACAAAUCAAGCACUACAUGGAUUCGCUCAGGCACGUCAUGCCGUUCCAAAGUUCUGAAGCUAAUUAAGAAGUUUCCACAACCGGCUGAUGCAGCUUUCUCUUGCAAGACCAAGCCGUGAUCAUGAACCAACAGUUGUCGUUACUAAAGAUGUUGGCAUUCAGUGUGACAUCAGACAGAAAGAUACUAUUUGUAUAGAGGUACAAACAACCACUUCUUACGGCAGAGACUUGCCAAAUGCCGAUAAAGAGACGGAGACUGCAUGAUGACCAAACCAUUGAUAUGGAUUCGAUACCUAAGUUAUUUUCAAAACAUUGCAAAGAAAUAGGUUUGGAUGUACCAAAUAACUUUCUCAAACUCUCAGCUUCUGCCAUGAUCAAUCUACGCGAAAAUAAUCGCGAAAAUACUGUGUACAAUCUUGUCCUUGGCAUUGGAACAAUGAGAGAAGACGGGAGUGACUCUUGCUUCCCUGUAAAGCGAAUGCCAAUGGGCUUAGUAGAGUAUGCAGCAAGUUUUUUCUCCGUAAAAGAUCAUAAUAAGGUUAUAUCAUGUCCAGUCGACUAUAGGUCAUGGCUUCAAACCAUGUAUAGCCAUUACGGUCAGCAAUGGGCUAAGUUGCACCAUGGCCCUUAUUGGAGCACAUCCAAUGUACACGACAAUAGUACUGGACGGCAACGAAUAAUCGAGCAGGCGCUGGUGAACAUCCCAGCAAUUUCUGAGCGAAGCUUGCGUAAAGAUAUUUCUGAAACCAAUAUAACUUUGGAUGCAUCAAUUCAGCAAUCAGUGCUUGAUCAAGCUGCAAGUGUGCAUCCGGACGCAUGGUGGUGGAUUAAAACUGACGGGGUUGAUAUAGUUUGUGGAUUAGGAGAAUCAAUGAGAGGUGAAUGGUCUGGGGAUAUUGACUUGAAUGAUGGCAGUUUAAAGAUCAUGUAUGACGAACAUCAGAAGUUACUAAAAUUUAACGAUGACAUGGGAAUAGUUCAAAGUUGCUAUAUAACUGAACUGAAAGAAGUUGAUGAGCUCCUUCUCAAAGAUCUAAUACACAUCACAAAAUGUCUUCAAAACGUGUCUAAGGAUUACUCAGAAAAGCAAGCUGCUAAACAUCAUGUAGAAAACGAACUUAUGAAACUCGCUUGGGACACACAGGAACUUUGUUCUAUCAAUGAAACUGGACGACAGUUACGAGUAGAGAGUACAGUUUUGCAGGAAAAGCUACAAGAUAAUGAUUACGAUAUUGUCGUUGAUAAUUUUCCUAGACAGCUUGAAGAGUUCAAGAUGAAAUUAAAAGCUUUUUUCAGAAGAAGUAUUAAGUAUAGACGACAAGUUGCCACUCAUGCUCUGGUUGUAAUGAUUAGUCCUGAGCACAGAGAGCUAAGAAGCCAUAUGCUUUACCUGUUCAAUGCUUUCAUGUAACACGCUAAAGGAUGAAAAAGUACGUUCAAUUAUUGAUGAUGUUAUAGAACAGAUGGCAAAGAAAGGCAUGAAGGUUGCUGGUGUUGUUACUGAUGGGGAGUGGAACACUUUGAGAUCCAAAGGUUGUACGAGGCCUCUAAGUAUUUUCGAAAUUCGAUCAGACGUGAGAAAUAAGUAUAGCAGGACUAGCAUUGGAACUUUGACAAAUAAUUAUGUUGACUCCAAAAGGUAUGCAGGGUCUUACAUGCAAUAAUAAUGUUGGUUGUAAUGUUGUGUGCAUAAUUAUACACACGUCAGUAUCCUCCAGUGGUGAAGUUACAGCAUUGCACAGAAAUUCUCCUGUCAGUGAGACCACAUUGAGAGAAAUUGCAGUAUAUAUAUGGAUGGAAGAAGGGUGUACAAUGAAAGAUGUGGUUGCACGCCUUCGACCAAAAACUGUACCGCCGGGGUAUUCCACUACAGAGUGGAAAGAAGGCAAAGAGGAACUCCUAGACGAUAAAAUGCGAUCAAUUUUAGCCCAGUUUGAGUAUUCUAAACGAAUCAAAGAAUAUGUAGGACAAGGAAUCCCCUUCAAUUGUCAUUUGAUUGUUCCUGAGGUUCACAAGCACAUAGGUCAUGUAAUUUGCCAUAGAGAAGAUGGAGCUCACCUACUAAAGAGGAUGGCGACAUGCUUACGGCAGGGUAAAGUAAAGGGAGUGAGAUUAGAACGGUUCUUAGAAGCUCUCUAUGACCCUAGUACAAGGCUAACAUAUCCGGCAAUUACAGGAGUUCGAAAGCAGUCUGUUAUCGAUGCAGAACGUUUAUUUGGUAAAGAUGUAUUGGAAUUCAUGGAGAGAAAAAAUUAUGAGGCAGAGGCAAAAUAUAUUCGGGUAAUUCGAAACUGGAGAAGAGCAAUAGAUGAAAGGGGUCUAACAGAGGAAACUCGACAAACAUAUUUGCAAGAUGUCAAAGAUUUCAUCAACGAAGACCUAAUUCCUUGGUUCUCCGCAACAGAUCCCACUGCAGACUAUAGUACAAUUGAAAUUAAUAGACGAAUUGACCGAAUUAAAGGUUUCACUAGAGAAACAUUAAUUGGCCUGACAGCAAAUAUUGAGACCAGACAAUGGCGAUAUCUAUUCAAUCUGGCACAGAAGAUUGCCCCUGAGCACCCGCGCUCUUCGUCAUCUGAUGAUGUAGAGUGCUUUUUUAGUAUUCUCAGAAACUGUGUUGGAGAAAAUGUUACAAUGAAGCAGGUAUACUAUGGAUGGAGGAAAGUUUGUAUAGAGUUUACAAAAAGAAUGGACCCUGACCUUCUCUUCUAUUAUUUUACAAGUAAUAGUCGAUAUUAUGAAGAAGAAUUGCCGAGCUUUAAUGCACCUAUCGUAAAAGCUAAGGAACCCCUCCGAGCUCCAAGACGGGAACAACUCGCACUAAGCAAUGGUUGUCGAAUAGCAACUCUUCCUGUUAGAAAUAGUCUAAGUGUUAGAGCCACCUUUCACAAUAUCGCCAUCAACCUACCACCCUUACCUAAUCAAUGUACACCAUCUCAAAUAUCAAAUGAACAUUCAUAUGGACAGCAAGAAUAAUAAAACACAAUACUAUACAUAAAAUUAAUAAUAUAGUGAUUAAUGUUUGCGUAUCAUGUUAUACUUUUACAUCUUUUUGCUCUGAAAUUUGUGUACAAUGUCACCCCAUCUUCCUCUUUUUAUAAUCUUUAUUCCACAAUACCAA